UUACUAUUUCUGGAAACAAAGAAACUGGAAAGACCGUUGUUUACCUUGUGGCUUUCCAUCUGUUCUUUGUCAUGUUUGUAUGGUCCUAUUGGAUGACAAUUUUCACAUCUCCCGCUUCCCCCUCCAAAGAGUUCUACUUGUCCAAUUCUGAAAAGGAACGUUAUGAAAAGGAAUUCAGCCAAGAAAGACAACAAGACAUUCUCAGACGAGCAGCCAGAGACUUGCCUAUCUAUACCACCUCAGCUUCAAGAACUAUCAGAUAUUGUGAAAAAUGUCAGUUGAUUAAACCUGAUCGAGCGCAUCACUGCUCAGCAUGUGAUACAUGUAUUCUUAAGAUGGAUCAUCACUGUCCUUGGGUGAACAAUUGUGUGGGAUUUUCUAAUUACAAAUUCUUCCUGCUGUUUUUAUUAUAUUCCCUAUUAUAUUGCCUUUUCGUGGCUCUAACAGUUUUAGAGUACUUUAUAAAAUUUUGGACGAAUGAACUGACAGAUACACGUGCAAAAUUCCAUGUACUUUUUCUUUUCUUUGUCUCUGCAAUGUUCUUCAUCAGCGUCCUUUCACUUUUUAGUUACCACUGCUGGUUAGUUGGAAAAAAUAGAACAACAAUAGAAUCAUUCCGUGCACCCAUGUUUUCCUAUGGGCCUGAUGGAAAUGGUUUCUCUCUUGGAUGCAGUAAAAAUUGGAGGGAAGUCUUUGGUGAUGAAAAGAAAUAUUGGCUACUUCCAGUAUUUUCAAGCUUAGGCGAUGGGUGCAGUUUUCCAACUCGCCUUGUGGGGAUGGAUCCAGAACAAGCUUCUGUUACAAAUCAAAAUGAGUAUGCCAGAAGUAUUGGCUCAAAUCAACCUUUUCCUAUCAAACCACUUAGUGAAUCAAAAAACCGCUUGUUGGACAGUGAAUCUCAGUGGCUAGAGAAUGGAACUGAAGAAGGCAUUGUUAGAUCAGGGACAAAUAACCAUGUUACAGUGGCAAUAGAAAAUUGAGUACCACUUGUUCAUUACUAACCAUUUGAAUAAGAGCAAGGUGUAUAAAAACACAUUAUAGACUGAUAUUUUCCAUUUUAUUUGCAAGAAAAUGAUCAGUGGAAUGAAAUAAUUGAAGUAUGACAGAAGAUAUAUUUUUUACAAAUCGAAGCCUUUGUACAGUUGCUGGAUCCACAGAAGCACUACUCCAGAGCAGAACGAUGCCUUAAUCUUAAGUGUCCAUUUGUGCAGCUUGACUUACAGCUACAAAAGUGACUUAAUUUUACUUUGGAAAUAACACUUACCUGUCAUGAGAUGCUAUAAUAUGAGCUAUCAUCACAUGUUAAUGUGCCAUAUGUAUUUUUUAUUACCUAAGUUUCAUUAUUAGGUUGUUUCUUAAUAUCCAUAUAAAUUUUCACUCCAAAGCAUUA